AUGCCAAAAACCAAGAAAUUCGCCAAUAUCGCCUCGACAACUUUUGCAAACCCACGUAAUAUCAUGACGCCGCAGCGCUUGGCUCGUGAACCCAGUCUAGCGGAGCGGCGUUUCUCGGCUCAAGAGUGCGACUCCAGCGAGAAAGACAGCUGCGAGAAGCCAGAUGCUACUGGAUUUGAGAGGCUAGGGGAUUCUGAGCCGCUCCGUGCACAACAAAGCGAAUACGCGCAGUUUGUUCUUGACCCAGCCGGCGACCUCACCUACGACAUUACUACAGUCGACGUCGUCACAGUUCCGUGCCCUGGCGGCCAUCGAUUCCGCACAUGGAACCGUGAAGGGCUAAUCGGUCGCUACUUUGGCGCGCCGUCGAUGCGCGAUGCCGAGGGCAACAGCAGCAGCGAGCACCCGUCGACGUCCUGGGUUCGCCAGGGAUUACGUCGCGAGGCCGACAAGGCGCGCAUCCUGCUCUACGCCCACCCGCAGCUUGCCGAGGGCACAACGCUGCACUAUCUCGCCGAGGAGUUCUUGCAGGCACUACACAAGCUGCGUGUGCGUGACGGUCUGCCGAGACGGCCGUUGCUUAUUCUGGCUCACAGCCUCGGCGGCCUCGUGGCGAAGAUGGCGCUGGUGCGCGCGAGUCGCGACGAACGUUACCGGGAUAUGCUCGACCAGUGCUACGGCGUCGCAUUUUUUGGCACACCACAUCAGGGAUCGAGCUACUUUGCGAUGCACUCCCUUGCAACGAGCAUACAACGCCUACUGCAGCUGUCCGCGCCGCUGCCAGAGACGCUUACGGCGGAUCUGCGCGUGGGGAACAACCUACUGUCGCGCAUUGACGAGGACUUCAAGGAGAUUGCGAGUGAUAUGCGUAUAUGGACCUUUUAUGAGACGAUUGAUUCGCGUCUGUCUGGGCGCGGUACCGGGACUGUUGUAUCGCGAACGGAGACGACGACAAGUGGUAAUGCUGUAGGAGAUAGUAUCUACUUCACGGCACCCCUGACGUCUACCAAGUCAGCGAUUCUGGGUAUGAGACAAGAGAGAAUAUAUCCAUUGCAGAGCGAUCACGCCAACGUGGCGUCAUUUGGCCGGCACAACGUUUCAACCAUGAGACUUUUUCUUCGCCAAAUCGCCGAGCAAGUCGAGCAUGCGGAUGCAAAUAUUGCUAUUAGUAGCAGCGACCAGGGCACUGCACACUGGAGCAUGCCAAACCUCGAGCAAAAGGUCAAUGUCGAAAUCCAUGGCUUCUUUGAUGACUUUAUUGGUGGCGUUGGCAUGACGGCGAUGCGCGCGUGGUCCACCCGACUUCCGUUGCGCGAGUUUUUGAACAAGGGUCUCGAGCAAUGCUUGAAUGAAAGAUUGAAUGAGAUAGAUGGCUCACCAGGCCAGGGACAAUUCCUCAAAGCUAGAGGCAGAACAUCAGUCGCGCAAGUAGACGCCAGCGUCGAACACUCACCUUCGCCGUCAAGGGCCAUCAUCUCAGUGCCUCCCGCCUUGACGAUCAAAAACGCCCUGGGGAUCGAUAGCAAGAUUUUUGAGACCAUGUCGGCUGUUGUACCAAUGUCACCAGUUCUACAAGCGUUGAGCGGCCUUCCCAACGCUCCGCUAGCAUCGACACCCAAAUCCGCACCUGUCGGUCCGAUCGCAUCACCCCCAUUCUGUGCACCAUCACCACCAAACCGCUACGCCGCAUCUGUUGCCCAUCACGCUUCUCCGUUUAUUCGCGCGCAGUUUGAGCAGGAUCUCGUUAUUGAUCGACUCUCGCCGCCUUUGCACGGUCGUAGAGCUAGCACACCGGGUAUAUCUUUGAGCCGGUCGGCGAGCCUCGGCACCGACGGGGCCUCGCGAUUCAAGUAUCGCGAUUUUCCGCCAUUUUCGGUCCGCAGCCGGAGUACAGGUGUAGACGACGUGUUGAAUGACGAGGAAGAUGAUGUAGAGCCGUUGCCGGCGCUGCCGGAGAACAUCCUUGGCAUACGUUCGGUUUUUGGUGGUGGAUCUGGCAAUGCAGGUGCGGGUGCGAGUGAACUUGUGAGGCCGGAGGCGCAUGCAAAGAAGUUUACGUGGAUUCAUCUGCCAUACAACAACCCUGCGUGGGUCAAGAGCAUCUUGCAAACUCUACAAGCGUGUUCUGGAAAGAAUCUGUCGCACUUGUAUGGACCGGAUUUCUGGGCGACCAAGCAUACCAGAGGACGACAUGCCCAGCAUUAUGCAUAUUUUGCAAAACCUGGCUGCUAUUACACAGCCCCAAGAGCUUUGUCGCCAUUGAGCAUGUCUGCCGCCAGUCCUACCACGUCGCCAUUUGCAGGCAACGAAGGCAUGUACACUUGUCUCUUCUUGCCAUACCUGCACUUUGAUACCUACAAGCGCCUACUCAGACGUCGCAACUUGAUCACACAACGCCUGGCUCAGGGCCGCGCGCGCCCAGUCCCCAAUAAUGUCGCCAAGAUGGAUUCGCUCGAGUUGCAAGUCAUCUGGGACUACUUGGGAAAUGAUCCACCAAUCAACUGUCGCCGCACGCUUGACCAGUUUGGGUAUCCGUCGUUGCGCGAUACUCGAUCGCGAGACGACGAUCAGAUGCUGUACAAAUUGACCAAGGAGCGCUUUGGCCUGAGCGGACUUCAGCAGCAGCUUGGCUCUCAAGGAACGAGUAGUCGGGAUGGAUCUAACCGCAGCGGUAACGAAAGUGGAAAUACCGGAUGGAAGGAGAGAUUAAUGCGUCUCAGAGGGCAGAACGAGGACCAGGGUGGCGACGAAGAUGUCCUAAAUGGCAAUGUUCUGAUGGUCGACCAGCUAUGGUUGUGGGUUAUCGACACACAAACGGUGGUCACUUUCUUUCCCAAACGAGAGGGAGACCCUAUCGAAGGUCCGCUAUUCCAACAAGCAGAUCUACGGGAUAGCAUCUUCAACGAGGUCAACGUAGACGUGACUUGCCAGUGCGAGAGCGCCCUUGAUUUAGCCGCAUUGUCUGUGCUACAUGCUGUAACAAUUCUUCUAGAACGCUCGUCCCAUCCGGAUCUCGAAGUGUUUCGCAUUUUCGAGGAAGCAAUCAGCGUCCUGACUGAGAAGCUCACAUUGUCCCUCAAAGAAUUCCGCACAGAGGGCGUGCGCGACAAAACUUUUGACUUUGAGCCAGUGGAGAAUCGACUGCGCUUCAUCCGGGCCCGUCACAAGGAGGAGGGCCGACGCGCCGAACGAGAGAACCGCGACAACACCUCUGCACUUCUUGAGCUGCGCGAUAUCGGAGACGAGCUUGUAACGCUGCUUCAACUCUUUGAACGCCAGAGUAAAGUAAUCUCAUCUAUGCAUGCAAUCUACGCUCGCGCCGAAUUACGCGAACACACUGUCAACGGACGCAUCUUUCUAGACGAGGCGUCGAAAAAGGUUACGGAGUACAUUGAACAAGUGGAAGCAAUGAUUAGACGAGUCCACGACACAAGAGACGAUUAUGACAAGCUGCUGCAGAUGGUUCAGCGGCAGGCACAGGUCGACGAGGUCCGCUUGAGCAGAUUGCAUGCAGAUGUGGCUGGCGCGCAGAGCCGCAGCGUCAUGAUCUUUACCGUCUUUACCGUCAUUUUCCUGCCCCUGACCUUUUUUACCGGCUUGUUCGGCAUGAACACGCAAGAAUGGGGUGGUGACAACAACCUCUCCCUCAAGACUAUUGGUGUGAUUUCGCUCCCGGCCAGCGUCUUUCUCAUUGUCGCUUCGCUGGUGGUGGCCUGGAGCACGACUGUCCGCAGGCUCUUUGGCUCCUUUCAAGAAGGCGUGCGGCGCGUGCAAGAGUACUUUUGGGUAUUCCUCUGGGAUCCGAGCAUGCGGGCGCUGCAUGCGCUGGCUGGGUAUGUGUCGUGGGGGAAGGAUGUGGACCAGGAGGGCGAGGCAGAGGGAAGUCGAUCAAGCGGUGGUGGUGGUGGUGGUAGUGGUGUAUUGCGGAAAGAAGCGAGUGAUUUUUGGGAGAGGCAUCGUUUGGAGAGGGAUAGAGCGUAUCGGAUCCCGCAGGUUAAUAAGAGAGUAGUGCGAAAGGGCUGGUCGGUGAGGACGAAGAAGGAGAAUAAGGCAAAGUAG